AGGUGGGGGAGGCAUCGGGGCAAAGCAAGAGCAACCCGAGACCUUUGCUGAUGUGGAAGUCCGAGUAGGUCGAAGCUGAAAAAGAAUCUCACGGUCGCCGCUGCUACGACUGUUCUCUUAUAAUUUUCAUUCUCGACGUAUUUAAUUAAUUGUUUAUUUACUCGUCUCGUGUUAUGCAAGAAUUCAUGUUGCUUCUUCAGGUUCUUAUCGGUUUCUCUGUGUUGGCUACGGCGAUCCCGAAGCCGGAGAACGAACACUCGUCCAGGGUGAUAAAUAAGGAACCAAGCGAUGAGGAACAUUAUGUGGACUCUCAGCACAACCCAGCAUAUGAUCACGAGGCCUUCCUCGGGGAGGAGGCGAAGACGUUCGACCAGCUCACCCCUGAGGAGAGUACCAGACGAUUAGGAAUAAUAGUCGACAGAAUGGACAAAGACCAGGACGGUUUUGUCACUGGAGAAGAACUGAAAGACUGGAUACUGUAUACUCAGCAACGUUACAUCCGAGACAACGUGGAACGCCAAUGGAAGUCGCACAACCCUGAAGGGAAAGAGAAACUCCCCUGGGCGGAGUAUUUAUCAAUGGUUUAUGGAGAUAUGAACGAACACGAAGCGGAGAAUCUUGAGAAAUCUAAAGACAACAAUUUUUCAUAUGCAAUUAUGCUUAAGAAGGAUCGCAGGAGGUGGUCAGCAGCUGACUUAGACGGUGACGAUGCUCUUACUAAAGAAGAAUUCACAGCCUUCUUGCAUGCUGAAGAAGCAGAUCAUAUGAAGGAUAUUGUCGUUCUUGAGACUCUGGAAGACAUUGAUAAGGACGGAGAUGGGAAAGUGUCUGUCUCUGAGUACAUAGGUGAUUUAUAUGAUGGUGUGCAAGGCGAGGAGGAGCCCGAGUGGGUGAAGAACGAGAGGGAACAGUUCUCCAUGUACCGUGACAAGAACGGUGACGGUUUCCUGGACUUCGACGAGGUGAAGGCUUGGAUCAUUCCGGCUGAUUUCGACCACGCUGAGGCUGAAUCUCGACACUUGAUAUUCGAAGUGGACACAGACGCAGAUCAGAAGCUUACGAAGGAUGAGAUAUUGGAUAAGUACAAUAUAUUCGUCGGGUCCAAAGCUACGGAUUUCGGCGAAGCUUUGACCAGGCACGACGAAUUUUAAACGAACAAAACGGCCAUUAAAUGUAUAAAGCAUUUACUUAUUUAUCUGUAGUUAAGAAUCUUUUUAUAACUGCUUUUUACUUAAAGAAAAUUCAUUAUAUCUUUUCUAACUGUAAAUAGGAAAUAAAUUGAUUAUGACAAAUAAA